AUGUCUAGCUUCAUCCCUAUCUACUUUCUAACUCUUGUCUCCCCCGCCUCUACCAGAAGACCCUGUCUAUCACUACUGCCCGAAGCUACUUAUUUCACUUCGGUAUCGCGUGAUCCCGAUUUACCCUACUGGGAUGGCCCAGAGCCUCCAUUUGAAUGGUUUAUGAACGAGCUUUUGUCUUACAAAGGAGCGAAGAACUAUUAA